AUGGAGAAGGAAGAGGCCUCUAAUCGAGCAUCACGUGACCACACGAGCUGCUCCUCGUGUCGGUGGUGGCUCAUUUUCGCACGCGUGCUGUUGGCCGCACAUCUGACCACAGCGCUGCUGCUGCUGCACUGCCGACUGCCCGACCAAGGCGUGCUGGGUCCCGUAUGCUUGUUCCUCACAAUAUUGUUUGUGAGCAUACGCCAUCGCUCCGCACGGCUCUUCAGCAUCGCCCCCACGCUGGCGGGCUGCGUGAACGCAGCCCGCGAAGUGGCCGAUUUGUGCCAACUGCAGGAGUUCGCACUCACACGAGGCGCUGCGGCCUCGCAUCGCGGAAUUGCACUGCUGGCAGAAAUCCAGUCACGUGCCCUCGUGCACGCCGUCGUCCUGGUAUGUUUGGGAGCGGUCCAGGCCGUGAACUUGGCGCUACAUUUAAAAGCUCUACGUGCUAAAACCUUGGCAGAUGACUUGGAAUGUCAAUCGAAACCGCUGGCCGGAGGAGACAAGAUAUGA